AUGUCCAUGCUGGUUGGAAAUGUCACUGUAGUUUUGGAAGCUGAGUUUCAAAACUCUGUAAAAGGUACUGCAACAGUAUGCUAUAAAUGUAAAACAUAUCACCUUGGAUUCUGCUAUGGAAGCAUGAAGUCCUGCAACCUGAAGCAUAGGCAAUUCUGUGCUACCGAGAACUUUUAUGUACUCAUGAAAAAUGGGAAGAGUAUGUAUCAUUAUUCAAGAUUGUCCUGUAUGACCUUCUGUGAGGACAUCAACUUCAUGAAUUUUAAUAAGAGGACAGAGCUUAUCUGUUGCCAACACAGUAACUAUUGCAACCUCCCUGAGGGACUCUAG